UAAUCUAAUCUUUAACUUGUAAAACGCAAGAGCCUGUCCUCCUGGCUACAACUCACUCUUGUCUGAGUUCACUUUCAGACAAGGACACCCACAGUUGACAACAGAGUCUCUUGCUUUCCUUGUAACCAAAGCUUUACACUUUCAACACAAACACUCCAUCCUCUCUUCCUCUCCAUUAAAGUUCAUAACUUUAUGCUGAAUUCCCAUUAGAUCUCACCAAGUUUCACUGCUUUCAUUCUCUCUAUUUCAUUUCAAGUUAGAGAAAACCCAUGAAAGAAACUAAUCCUGGAGCUGAUCCUAUAGGGCAGAACCUGAUAAAGCUGAUAAGUAAUGUAUGUUUCUCAGUGUUUGUGUUCUCAGUUUUGAUAUUUACUGUUAUUGCAAUCACUUACCAACCACCAGAUCCAUGGCUGGAAUCAGCUCCGGCUUUAACAAAACUCUUUACACAAACUGAGAAUGCUACUUUUAAAAUUGAUGAUACUGUUGCCAAAACUGGCGAGGAUUUGCAAACUGAGAUUGCCCGUGCAGUUUCUCCCACUGCGGAUAUUAAACCAAUUACCGAGGAGGUGAUUGAGAAAGAGGAGGUGGAAGUGAGCAACAUGACCCUCAAAUCAUCUGGCUGUGAGGAUUUGGAGGUAGUGAAUUGUUCAGACCCGAGGGUUUUGAUUACGGUUGAGAAGUUCAAUUUGAGGCUGUUUAAGUCAAUUGUGUUUUUGGAUUAUCAAACUCCUGUUAAUGGAUCGAAGCAGGACGAGUGUGAUGUAUCAUGGAGGUUUAGGAAUAAGAAGGAGAAGUCGUGGAGGAAAUAUAGGGAUUUUAGGAGGUUUAAGUUUGCAAUUGGAGAGAAUUGUUCUUACAAAAUUGUGCAUGCUGGUGGUUGGCAUUCUGGUAUUAAUGCCAGGAGGAUGAGGAUUAGAGUUAAUUCCACUAGGAGUGGUGGAAAUAAUCCGAGAGCUGCACCAUUGGUUCGGGAUGAUGAGAUUAAUGACACAAUCCCAAGCUUGGGAUCGGAAACGAACUUUAGAAAAGGAAAGUACUUGUAUUAUUCAAGAGGAGGGGAUUAUUGUAAGGGAAUGAAUCAUUACAUGUGGAGUUUCUUGUGUGGGUUGGGGGAGGCUAUGUAUUUGAACAGGACAUUUGUCAUGGACUUGAGUAUAUGCUUGGCAGGUAAUUAUAAUCCGGAUGGGAAGGACCAGGAGGGGAAGGAUUUUAGGUUUUAUUUUGAUUUUGAGCAUCUUAAGGAGGAGGCGUCAAUUGUUGAAGAGGGUGAAUUUUUGAGAGAUUGGAAGAAAUGGGAUCGCUCACAUAAGAAGAAAGUUCCAGUUAAGAAGGUCGUGACCCAUAAGAUGACACCGAUGCAACUAAGGAAAGACAAGAGCACAAUCAUAUGGAGGCAGUUUGAUGGUCAGGAGCCAGAAAACUAUUGGUAUAGGGUGUGUGAAGGGCAAGCUGCAAAGUACAUUCAGAGGCCAUGGUAUGCACUUUGGAAAUCAAAGAGAUUGAUGAAUAUAGUUACAGACAUCAGUGGGAGAAUGGACUGGGAUUUUGAUGCGGUUCAUGUGAUUCGUGGGGAGAAAGCGCAGAAUAAAGUGCUCUGGCCACAUUUGGAUGCUGAUACAUCACCUGAUGCACUCGUUGCAAAGCUUCAAGGGAUGAUUCAGCCUUGGAGGAAUCUGUAUAUAGCAACCAAUGAACCAUUCUACAAUUACUUCGAUAAACUGAGGUCUCACUUCAAGGUCCAUUUACUUGAUGAUUACAAGGAAUUAUGGGGAAAUACAAGUGAUUGGUACAAUGAGACAAUGCUUUUGAACAGUGGUCGUCCUGUUGAGUUUGACGGAUACAUGAGAGUUGCUGUGGAUACUGAGGUUCUUUACAGAGGAAAGACUCGUGUGGAGACAUUUUAUAAUUUAACCAGUGACUGCAAGGAUGGAAUCAAUACAUGCUGAUGAGGUUGGAUGCUACUUUUUUCUUUUCCGAAAAUUGAUUCAUGUCACUUGUAUUCUUGAUUCAGUUACAGAAUGAUACAAAUUCAGCUCCUUUUAUUUUUAUUUUUCCAUUUGGUUCUUUUAUUCUAUUGGCCAUUGGCAUUUUCCUGUUUGAUCACGACAACCCUAUAUCUGUAAAAUAUAAGUUCAAUUUUUGUGGCGUUCA